GACUAUAAAAGAAAUGCGGUGCGACCAUUGUCGUCUUCCGCAAGUUCGCUACUAUUUCGUUGAGUCUCGGCUGAAUAACGUGAUGCCAUAAGUGUGCUCGGAUCUAAAGAACCUAUAAAAUCUAAAGUAAUUUUCUUGAAGAAAUCAGGAUUGUUUGAUCGCGAGUCUAAAUGCGUGUGCAUCUGCUGUUGAUUCUGUUAUUCGCGAGCACUGCCUUAGCGCGAAGUGCUCGGAAUACAAGGCAUACCGAUGUGACCACAUUACCUCGAGUCAGUUCUACAACUCAAGCUAGCAAUGGAAAAACGACCACGGACAUUACUGAAGAUGAUGAUGGAAUUAAAUGUUUGAAUAAACUGUUUCCGACUGUUUUCAGUCAGCCGAUAAAAACGAUAUCGAAUCUUGUUCAAUCGUCAAUAUACGAUUUUAACAAUGUUUUAUCGAUAUUUCUAAAAGCACUAAAUUUAAGCGGCUAUAUGUUACGCGCUACAAUAUAUAAUUGGAUGCUGAAUCCGUUAAGGAUAGUAAUUGGAGCAUUAAAGCAUUUAAAGGAUUUAAAGCAUAUUUUUCGAAUUCCGAUUUACCUAUACGAUUUAUAAAUCUUUAUCUAUCUAUAAACAUUAAAAAAUAGAUAGACAAGUUAUACGUUUCUGACGCUCUCUCUUAAGACAGUUACAAAUAUAAAUAAUUAUCAGCUGAUUGGAGCUGUCGUUAGAAGUUGCGAUAUUAAUCACCGGAAAUUACAAGAAAAACAUUAUCAAGAUUCAGACUAAGAAGGAAGUCCAUGAAUGCCUAUCAUUAUAUUUUUUGGUACACAGCGGAAACUUUUUGGUCAACUAUACAUCAACCUUUAUCUACUUAAAUUGUCUCAUAAAUGUAUUUAUAGAUAUUAAUAUUUAAUAAUUAUCGACAAUGAAA